GUACCCACGGCAUUAAGGUUGGCAACUGUAUGGCCUUCGACAAAAAGAAUCUCAGUCUUCCCUUGAUUGAUGAGAGAGGAUGUCCUUUGGAUGGAGAAAUUAUUUCACGUUUUGUACCCAGCCCAGAUGGUAACUACGCCGAAGCUACACUUAGAUCUAUGUUCAAAUUUCCUGAAGGUUCCGAAGUCCAUUUACAAUGUGAUGUAAUUCAAUGCUAUGGCCCCUGUGUUGAAGAUGAAGAUUGCAGUCAAAUUGCGGUGGCUGGAGUGGGAGGUGCCGGCGGCACCAAAGGUGGUAAUCGUAAAGUACAUCCCAAUGAAGAGGGUUCAAGUAUUGCUGGGACCACAGUAUUUGUUUUAGAUCCUGCAAAGGCGCCCUACACAACUGUCGACUGUGAAGAUGGCAUUCGACCCACUUGGCUGCUAUGGUUGGCUAUUACCCUUGGUGUUCUAUUCCUUAUUAUGUUGUUGAUGAACAUAUUCCUAUGCACUGCCAUGAGCUGCAGCUGUGCCAAUACAGAGAUAAUCGAAAAAGAGCCCUCCAUCAUUGAAGAAUACGAUCCCUACAGAAGUUGGCAUGGUAGCCAAUAUGGUUCAAGAUAUUCGCUGCAUGGACGUGAUGCGCACAAAGGUUAUACCAGCGGCGGUUCAACCAUACAUUCCAAUAGGUCAGUGCCUAUGGAAAGUGAUCAUUAUGCCAUUGUACAUCAACGUCCGGGUAAUCGAUUGCCACCUGGUAGUGGUCCAGUGACACGGACACGUGGACCCCUGCACAGCUAG